GCUAGACGACGACCUAUGUGUCGUUUAGAGAUCUGCUCUGUUACGCAAACGUGGAGCCUGGUGGUAUAACACUGCAAGUGACUGCUUAAGUGUAACUGCGCGGCAAAAGAAGGGGGACACAAACAAAAACAUGUGGCUGAGGCUGUGAGAAAACGGGUGAGGAGAGCGUCUGAGUUGACUGGCAGAGGACAUCAUGGGUUUGCAUUCAGCCCAGAAGAAGCACUUUCCCCUGCGGGGCAUCGACGGCGUGGUUCAGCUCUUUGAUGCUGAGCUUCGGAAGUCUGAGCCUGACCUAGCCCUUCUUUCCCUCGUCCUGGGUUUUGUUGAGCACUUCCUAGCUGUAAACCGGGUCAUCCCCAUCAAUGUUCCAGGGGUUCGUUUUGAACCGCUGGAGCCGGACUGUCCCAACUCGUGCUUUCCCACAGUGGAGCUGGGCAUGAUAUCUGCACUGUAUGAGCGCUUCACAGCUCAGAUCCGUGGUGCGGUGGACCUGUCCCAGUACCGGAGGACUGCUGCAGGCUCCAGCAGGGAGCUAGUAAAGAAAGUAUCAGAUGUAAUCUGGAACAGUUUAAGCCGCUCUUACUUCAAGGACCGGGCCCACAUCCAGUCCCUAUUCAGUCUCAUCACUGGCACCAAACUGGACAGCUCUGGUGUGGCGUUUGCUGUAGUCGCAGCCUGCCAGGUUUUAGGGCUGAAGGAUGUCCACCUGGCGCUGUCUGAGGACCACGCCUGGGUGAUAUUUGGCAAAAACGGUGAGGAAACGGCCGAGGUCACCUGGCACGGAAAGGGUAACGAGGACCGACGGGGACAAACGGUAACAGCGGGAGUCAGUGAGAAGAGUUGGCUGUACCUGAAGGGCUCCUACAUGAAAUGUGACAGAAACAUGGAGGUGGCCUUCAUGGUUUGUGCCAUUAACCCCUCACUGGACCUUCAUACUGACAGCUCUGAGCUCCUGCAGCUGCAGCAGAAACUCCUCUGGUUGCUGUAUGAGCGCAGCGACCUGGACAGGUACCCAAUGGCUAUGGGUACUCUGGCAGACCUUGAAGACCAGGAUCCAAUACCAGGCAAGGAGAACCCUCUCAAAAUCCACCUCAAGGCUGUCACUUCUGCUCAGAAGUACUACAAUAAUGAGCACAUCUACCCCUACAUGUACCUGGCUGGUUUCCACUACAGACACAGGAAUGUGCGGGAGGCUCUGAGGGCCUGGGCCGAAGCAGCUCAGGUCAUGCAGGACUAUAACUAUUUCCGUGAGGAUGAGGAGAUCUACAAGGAGUUCUUUGACAUUGCAAAUGAUGUUAUUCCCACUCUACUGAAGGAGACGGCUGCUGCUGCGGAGAGUGCGGGGGAGGGAGGAGAGGGAGAAGGACCUGACAAGGAUCACCCCAAGCAGGCAGCAGACUUCUCAGCACUCCAGGACUCCGAUUGCUUUGCCCACCUGCUGCGUUUCUAUGAUGGCAUCUGCAAAUGGGAGGAGGGCAGUCCUACGCCAGUCCUUCAUGUGGGCUGGGCCACCUACCUUGUCCAGUCUCUGAGCCGCUUUGAUGCUCAGGUGCGUCAGAAGGUGUCGAUCAUCACCAAAGAGCCAGAAUCCCAGGAUGAUGAUGACCAGUCUAGCGACGACCCUCGUGAAGGCCGCAGACGAGGCCCCAGGAGAGAGUCCAAGCUGGAUGAACAGAGCUCUCCUCCUCCUGCUGCUCCCACGUCUCCAUCCACCCAACCACCAGCAGCAGCAGCAGCAGCCCAGCCCAAAAAGGUGGGAGAUGGAGGGGGUCGCCGACGCUCCUCCCAGGGCCUGCGCGCUGGAGACACUGAAGGCAAACCCAAGUCCCCGAGUCCCGAUUCUGCAUCUUCGCCCUCAUUCCAGCAGCAGGUAUCCCCCUCCCCAGCCGGUCCUGUGGUUGUCUUUCAGAGUGAGAAGAUGAAGGGGAUGAAGGAGCUGUUGUGUGCAGCCAAGGUGAACUCCAGCGCCAUCAAGCUGCAGCUCACCGCUCAGUCGCAGGUCCAGAUGAAGAGGCAGAAAAGCACACCGGCCGGAGAUUACUCCAUGUCCUUCAUGAAGCGGCAGCGCAAGUCGCUCUAGACAUGUUGAUUGUUGUAGGAGUUGUUGAGACUCUGUAGGACAUACUGUGAACAGCAACAAGGACACCUGAUAAACCUCGCUUUUGUUUGUAAAACCAGUGUUUUCAUCCAGUUCAGUCGAUAUCCUCAUAAUUCUUAGCAAUAGAUCUGACUUGUGUGCUACAGUUAAGAAUCACAUAUCAAGUUUGAACUGAUGGAGUGAACAUUUUUGCCCACUCAACAACAUUUUUAUUUAACUUUAGCCAGACAAAUUGUUUUCUGGGGCCAGGUUUGAUAGAUUGUAAGCACUCACUUGUCGUUCUCAUCACUUGUUGUUAGUUUGUGUAUUAAUUGGCAGCCGGUUGACUAUUACUAACUUUUCAUUGACUUACAUCUGGAUUUUUGAAGCCAAAGUAAUGAGGAUGAUCGGAACACAACUUACAGAUGUGUAAAUAUCAACUUGUUAGGACCAUGUUCAUGACUGAAGCCUUGGAAGUGAUUAAUUUAGGAUAGUUACUAUGUAACAUUGUCCACUUCUGCUCUAUGGACAGCUUCUUUCUUGCUAGCUCUAUGUUGCCUUACUUUGCCUUUGUUUUUUUCUAAUAUAGGUGGCCUUUAGUUUUGAGAAUAGCUGAGCUAGGCCUGUUUCUAAAGAUUAGAGAAGACCAGGAAGACCAUGCACUGUUGAGAUGGAGCCACAUUAGGUGGCCCUGAUACAUCCUAUUUGCUUGAUGACUUGUGGUUUUUGUUCUUGUUUUUGUAUCUGCAAGUAAUAAAGACCUGAUGAAAACAGAA